CCCGUAGAUAACUUAUCUAAGGCAGUAGGACCUCCCACAUAGCGGAAUUCAAACAUUUGCAGGACCCGCUAACGGAGCAGCGGAAAUAAUAUUUGGCUCUGCGCUUGACUGUUGAUGUUCAAGUAUCGAACUUCUUGACGCAUAUGUACGCCACCGGUUCUGGAGGAAGAGAACUUGUGGCCCAGACACGUGUCUAGGGUCCGUUCUCACGGGCGGUAUUAGAUGAACGACACAAGGUGUCGUGCAUACGCCCUUGCUGCGAUUCUUUGGAAUAGUGCUCGGAUAAGGUGCAGAUUUGCAUCAUUCGAUAGAUGGAGUUCCAGGCAACAAAGGAUGAGAUUGACAAGAUAGACCAAGCUAUCCAUCAAAUCAAUGUAUUGGAGCAGGAUUUUUUGCACCGUCUUUCUCGAAUACGAGAGGAACGUGUUGCACUCCAUGCCGUCCGCUUUCUUGCGGUCAGUACUCUUGCGCCAAUCCAUAGGCUUCCGAAUGAGCUUUUGGAGCAUAUAUUCGUCUUGGGGACUUAUGGACUGCCCUUGGACGAAGAUUGUGAUGCAUUCGCGGGACUUGUGUGCACGGUCUCCAAGAAAUGGCGUGAUAUUGCCGUGGGGUGUCCCGCCCUAUGGAGAAGAAUCAAUGUUACCUGCGUAACAUUGGCCACAUUGGCUUUGCGACUCGAACGUUCGAAGAGUUUAGGUAUCGAUAUCUAUGCCGAUUGGGGCCAUUUUCAUCCCUCAGAGGAGAUUGAAGAGACGAUGUGCAUGAUUCUCCCAUACAUGCGAAGGUGGUCUACCUUUCAUAUCAAUUGCUUUGGGCUGCUCCCUUUUCGUGAGGUUUUAGGCGUAACGAGCAUGCUGAUGGGGGAAGCAUCUCAACUCGAGCACCUCUGUAUCAUCACAGAAAGUCAUGAAGUUCACUAUGAAAGCCCGAUAUCAAUCUCGAUGGCGAUGCCUUCCCUUCGCACAGUUGAGAUCGAGGGAAUAGACAUCCAAUGGAAUUGCAUUGAGAAAGCGUCUGAUGUCAUCAUCAGUUUUGCGCUUCUACCCUGUCAUCUUCUUGACUUUCAAUCUCUGCGAAAGUUGAAGCUAAAAGGACCACGAUAUCCUCAAUCGACUAUACCACCCCAGUCCGCUCUCCCAGCACUACAACAUCUAAUCGUCGAUAAAUGCAUUUUGAACGAUCUCCUUCAGAUCAGCAUGCCAUCGCUGCGCAUGCUGCAGGUCCUUAGAGGCGAUACAUAUUCCUGGGAGAGGCAGAAAGUCCAGUAUCCCAGUUUACCUUCACUGCGAACGUUCAUUUACGGUUCGAAUCACCCAUCGCCUACACCUUUUCUGCUCCAUGUUCUUGGGCUUAUGCCUAUGGUGACCAAGAUCGUUUUUGAUGGGAGCGUACCAUCCGACGCGUUUUUUUGGAGUUGGGCCACGACUCAUCAGGAGUUGAUAUGUCCGCGGCUCGAAGAGCUGAUCUUCCACAACGCAUUCAGGGACCCCACUUUAUCGGUGAAUAUGUUUGUCCAGUCACGGUCAGGUCCAAAAGGAAAACUUCCAUUACCGAUGCGCGGUUGGGCACUGAACUUGGACCCAUCGCUCAGGGUUUUUCACGAGUGCCUCUCAGAAGGGGAUGACGAGAGUGAAAGCGAAAGUGAUGUCUCUGGUGGUUCCGAUUCAAGUGUCGCAGAAUAGUAGCUGUGUCUGUCUCAGGCAGUGACGGAACAGGGUAGGAGAAUUCCUGUGUAGUGAUGAUUGGUGUGGGGUGCAAUUACAUUAGCUUAUCCGGGGGUGUAUUGGAUCUCCCGUUAAGACGAAGAUGAUGCUCCAGCUGCAGCAGCCCGGUCGGCCGUGUACUUGAUGUAGAAUGCCUCUUCCCUGCGUACU